UUGAAGAAAAGAGCUGUUAUAGAUUCUGGUCUUGAAUUACCUGUUCGCCGAAGUAAGGAAGGCCUGCGGUCUACGUUUAUCUAUACCCCAACAACUACCGGCAAACACCUUGUUUAUGUUACAAAUAAUAAUGAACCUAUAGGGCAGACACCGUAUAAGGUUAACAUCGCGCCACCGACAAACUCCCGUGUGAGAGCAUUUGGACCUGGAUUAGAAGGCGGUGUAGCUGAUCAGCAAAGCGUUUUCAGUGUUGAGACGAAUGGAGAUGCAGAUAGGUUGGGUAAGUGGCAUUUAUGAAC